AUGUAUAGAAGACUGAGAAAUUUAUAUUCAGCAAACUGGGGAAUGCGAAACGCGACAGCCCGCACAAUAUACAAAGGCGUAUUCUUGCCGAGGGUCACUUACGCCUCAGAAGUCUGGGGACAUGGCGCAAAACUUGAAAAGAGUAAGAAGAAACUCUCGAGCGGACAGAGAGCAGCUCUUCUGGCUAUAACAGGGGCUUACAGAACAUCGUCCACAAACUGCUUGGCAGUAGUGGCAGGCACCCUCCCCUUGGAUUUAGAAAUAGGAAAAAACGUAUUAGACAAGAAGCGUAAAUCCGGAAUGAUUUCAAACGAAUCUUGGUCGCUUAAGAACGAUGAACUAUGA